AGCCUGUGGGGAAUACCAGUUUUUGUCCUCUUCAAAGAUGCAAGGUACAGUAUCAACCUUCUGCUUUCGCAUUGCUGUGUAACAGAUGUCGAGGUACUUUAGAUCUGGUAUUAAUGGAUUAUAAAUUAAUAUGUUUCACAAUGGUAAUUUCAUUGUUUAGGUGCUGUCUUCUCUUUAGUGUUUCAUAUAAUGUUCGUUGAAAUCUCAAGGGAGAAACCUUUCAUGUUAUUUGGCUAAUUUUUGGUCCCUAAUUUACUUUAGGCUUGUCUUCAAAAUGGAUUCACUUGGCCUGGAGAUACUAAGGAUCGCAUUCCCCGCUGCCUUGGCCUUAGCUGCUGAUCCCAUCGCUUCUCUAAUUGACACGGCAUUCAUUGGCCGUAUAGGACCCGUGGAGCUAGCUGCUGUAGGAGUUUCUAUUGCUAUAUUCAAUCAAGCAUCAAGGAUUACCAUUUUCCCGCUGGUUAGCAUAACAACUUCUUUUGUUGCUGAAGAAGAUACUCUUGGAAAAAUUAGCCCUGAAGCGGCAAAAUGUGAGGAUCUGGAGAAGAGUAGGCACAAAAACAAUGAAAUGAAAGAGUUGACGACAGAAGAUGUAGUGCCUGAGAACUUGGAAAAGGGUUCAAACACAAGUACAUGCAAGUCCUCCUCUGAAAUUGCUAGCAAAACUGAAAAUAUUGAAGUGAAAAAGGGGAAAAGACAUAUCCCUUCAGCGUCAACAGCAUUGAUUCUUGGUUCAAUACUUGGUCUCCUGCAAGCUAUAUUCCUUGUAUUUGGAGCAAAAACUCUCCUGCGUGUUAUGGGUGUCAAACAUAAUUCCCCUAUGCUAAAGCCAGCACUAAAGUACUUGACUUUGAGAUCACUAGGCGCUCCUGCAGUUCUUCUCUCUUUGGCCAUGCAGGGGAUUUUCCGGGGAUUUAAGGAUACAAAAACACCUUUAUAUGCUACUGUUGCAGGAGACCUAACAAAUAUCAUUUUGGACCCAAUAUUUAUCUUUGCCUUACGACUAGGAGUCAGUGGUGCAGCCAUAGCACAUGUCCUUUCUCAGUAUUUGAUUUCGGUUAUCCUCUUGUGGAGGUUAAUGAAACAAGUUAAUCUUUUACCUCCAAAUAUGGAAGACCUGCAAUUUGGAAAAUUUCUUAAAAAUGGUUUUCUAUUAUUAGCAAGAGUAAUAGCAGUCACAUUCUGUGUGACAUUGGCAGCAUCAAUGGCUGCUCGGCUUGGUUCAACGCCUAUGGCCGCAUUUCAGAUUUGCUUACAGGUCUGGAUGACAUCAUCUCUUCUUGCUGAUGGUCUAGCUGUUGCUGGACAGGCAAUUCUUGCUUGUGCAUUUGCUGAGAAGGACUACAGGAAGGUGACAGCGGCGGCAUCUCGGGUAUUGCAGAUGAGUUUUGUCCUUGGUGUGGGGCUUGCUAUUGUUGUUGGAGUUGGUUUGUACUUUGGGUCAGGAAUCUUUUCGAAAGAUGCUAGCGUUCUGCACCUUAUCAGUAUAGGAGUACCGUUUGUAGCAGCUACACAGCCAAUCAACUCAAUAGCUUUCGUUUUUGACGGUGUCAACUUCGGAGCAUCUGACUUUGCAUACACAGCUUACUCCAUGGUAUUAGUAGCUGGAGCGAGCAUUGCAGCAUUAUUCCUUCUCUACAAAAGCAACGGUUUUAUAGGAAUCUGGGUUGCAUUAACCAUUUACAUGGCUCUGCGAUGCUUAGCUGGUGUUUGGAGGAUGGGGACUGGAACUGGACCUUGGCGCUUCCUAAGAAAUCGAUCCAUGCCAUAGGAUUUGGAAUUCCAAGAAGUCAUUAUUGUUUUGUUUAUAUUUCUGGUUUAUGCAACUAUAUUGCUCCCUUGUCGUUUGCAUGAUGGUGGUUCGUUCCUUUCUAACAAAUUAUUAGAUGUUUUUUUUCUUAAUUACCCCCUUUUUAGAAGGGUA